UACAAGUGUUCCGCCGCCUGAAGCUCGGACCUCCAGAGGCCUGUCAAGCUCGGAGAUCUACGUGUGACUCCUGAUAUAAGCCCUUCCAGCAAGAGAAGUACACGAACAGGCACGCCCGGGCCUACUCUGUCGAGAUGGUCGGAUCGUCAAGCUCGCAUCGCGUUGCCCGCUUGACCGACCCCGGGAACCCCUCGCUUGCGUAUUACAGCUCAAUGUCGUCCAGCCUGCCGGAACCCAUCGCACUGCCUUGGCCAUACCACCCGACAGGGCUGGACGCGCUCACUACACUCGGCCAAAGGAUAAGCUUUGCUUCUCACGGCAUGUCGCAACAGCAUGAGCAUCAUCGCCGCCAAUCUUUGCACCAUCACCGCCAAUCAGUGCCAGUGUUACAUCCUCGCAUGUCUGCCGAAGAGAUGCCACCGCGACCGCGGGAAGAACCUCCGGUGCAGAGACACAAAGUCUAUCUGCUUCAUUGCGCGAAAUGCGACGCGCUCCUGUCCGAUCGUGGCAUGCGUGCUGUCUUGCUACUCAAGCCAGACAUAGUGCUAUUUUCCAGCGAUGCUCCGCCGUCUAACACUGCGCCGAUGUACUGUGAUGCGCCCGCCAACGGCGAAAAGGCCGUCGAGCGCACCUGCGAAUGUCUCACUCAGUCAUUGGGUUGUCUUUGUGGCUCAACAGUCGGCUAUUCGAUCAUCGCACCUUGCAGUAGGUGCACCCAAAGCGUUGCGCGUCAUUCGCAGCGAUCGAGCAGCUCACAGCCUCAGCCGAACAAUCAACCCAACAAUCAUCGGUAUGUCUACCACUACGGCGAAGUCGAAGCCAGCGAGCGGCGAUACGUUCAAGGUGAACCUGGCGUGCUGGCGCGUGCAGUCGCUCGCCUACCCACUGGCGCAGUGCGAUCGUCAUCGCCAGCACACGGUAGCUCAGAUGACGAGCGGAUCCAGCGCGCUAGUCUGCAACACGAUGACGGGCUUUUGAAGCCUACUUUACCGCGUCAGGUCUCGGCUCAAGCGGGUGUCUCACCAGGCCAAACGCUCUACUGGCACAUGCUCAGGCAUGACGGCGAGCGAAUCGAGCCUGUUGACCCGAAGCUCACCUGGCAAGGCGCACCCUUUGUCAUUGGCCGAUGAUCCGUCGGCCUCGCGGUUGCGUUUGGUCACUCAAUGGCGCAACUGAAGACCUGCAGUACGCAAGGGAGCGAAACGGUUUGCAUACAGCUGACAGUGAUUUCAG